UGCUUUCUAAUCUUACCAACAGUCUAAAUAGAAGGGGAAAAAUGCCCGUAUUGACGACAUCAGAUUCAGAUCUGAGGCUCCAAAUCGAUUUCAUCGCCACUACCGAAGACAAGUACUGUUUCCGAUCAGAAUCAACUCGGCAUGGAAAACCGAAGCAGCUAUGUCCCACCGCCUUACAUACCCUUGGCUCAGUCGGACGAAGAAAACCCUUCUCGUCCUGUUGGGGAGAUUGAUGGCGAAUCAAGGCCGUCACCGCCGCAGUCUCAGUCCGUUCAGUGGUCUUCUGGAAUCUGCGCUUGUUGCGAUGACAUGCAGAGCUGUUGUAUAGGUCUUCUUUUCCCCUGCUAUUUGUUUGGAAAGAAUGCAGAAUUUCUUGGUUCUGGUACUCUAGUAGGAUCCUGCAUCACCCAUUUCAUUCUUUGGGCUUUUGCCAACACUCUUUGCUGUGUCUUAACUCAAGGCUUCUAUUUGGCCUUACCUGGAUUGGGAUGCUUUAUCUCUUGUUAUGCUUGUGGAUAUCGAAGGACACUUCGCUCCAGAUACAAUUUGCAGGAAGCACCUUGUGGGGACUUUGCAACUCACUUUUUCUGCCAUCUAUGUGCAAUUUGUCAAGAGUACAGGGAGAUUCGUGAGAGGGCGGGGGAGCCCAAACCCCCUGAUCUUAAUCUGGCUGUGAUAACUGCGCCGGACGUCCAGACGAUGUAAUCAUCAGGUCUCUAGUAUUAUUAAUUGGUAGUUUUGUUUAUGUAGUGGUCGCACCUGUUUCACUUCAGGGUUGUACUCGUUUCAUAUGUUUUAUCAAAGCUCCUCCCAGCACCAGGAUAUCUUUUAACGUUUUUGUUUUAGGACUACCCUUAGAGAAGAAGGUCUUUAAUCUGAUUUUUUAUUGUAUGGUCACACCACUUGUUUGAUAUUUCUUGUUUUGAGCUGCA